CACUUGAUACAUAAGCAAAACGAUGAGACUGCGGCGUUUCGUCAGUCGACCAUUCGGAAUAGGCGUUCGAAAUACUUUAUCCAGUUAUUCCCGGUUCGGAUACAUACAGCGCAACAUGGGUAUCUUAUCGUAUUCUAUCCUGGCCGGAUGUUUGAUCGCGGUGGUCCGCGCGUGCCAGACCGAAGGCGAAGGCUGCUCAAACAACAUCCCGUGCUGCAGCACCGGCUUGACAUGUGAUUUACGCGCUAACGCCUUCGGCUUCUGCGUGAAAGGCUCCGGUGGCGCCCCUGCGGGCGGCAAGACCACCGCCCCACCCAAACCCACCACCACCCCAAGAAAACCUGCCCCGGCCGCCACCACCAAAGCCCCCUCCAGCGGCACCUCCGCCGGCUACCUGAUCACCAAGGAGCAGUUCCGGCAGGCAGUGACCGCCAACGGCUACCCCGCGCCCUCGGACGAGCAGUACGAGAACAUCAACAAACGCGCCUUCAACGGCAAGAUCACCACGAAACGCGAGCUGGCCAUGUUCCUGGCCAACAUCCUCCACGAGUCGGACGGGCUGCGCGCCAAGGAGGAGUACGUGCCCAUCGUGUCGACGGACCCGGCGUAUCCCGGCAAGAACUUCCACGGACGCGGGUAUAUUAUGUUGAGCCAUGUGUACAACUACAAGGACGCGUCCAUGGCGCUGUACGGGGAUGACCGGUUGGCGCGCAAUCCCGAGCAGGUGGCCAAGAACGACCAGAUCGCCUGGGACACCGCCUUCUGGUUCUGGGCGUCGCGGGUGCACGGCCAGCCGGGCGUAGCCGAGGGGAAGUUCGGCGCCACCGUCAAGGCCAUUAACGGAGGACUGGAGUGCAACGGCAGCUGGAACGAGCAGCCGCAUAACCGCUAUAAGAUGUACGUCAAGAUCCUGGCGCUGUUUGUGCCCGGGGAAGCGCCCCUUGAGAACGGAUGCUAUAACUAGACUGCCAUGUACGAAACCGCAGAGAAGUGUGUAACAACUGAUCUGUCGAUGCGAAUUGCUCGAAAAAUGAAUGUGAACGGCGCGUAUACCGGCAAAUCACUAUUUUGAUUCUGCACUGAUUCUAAACGCUUCUAUCUUUUUAUACGAAAAAAUUUUCAAAACUGCCGGAUGGUGAAUGCGCGGUCCUUUUCCCACAAUUUAAGGGAAUCAAAGGAUAUUGUGUCGGCGCUUGAAAGAUAUUAAAACGCGAAUUUAA